CUGUUUGAACAAGAUGGCGUCUGGUAGAAAGGUGUGUUAGCAGAGUGUCUUUGUUGUGUUUUUAAAGUGUGAACAUGUCUAAAGUCCAAAUGCUGAGAUCGUUGGUGAAGCAGCGACUAACUGCGGCUGCUGAAGAGAUAUUUGGGCUGUUUGAAAGAACGAUAGCAGAGUACGAGGAGGAACUUUGUCGAUCAAAAGAGGAGAACGAGCGACAACGGAAACUACUGGACGCUGUUUCUGACCCUCAGCUUCGGUUACACAGAGCAGACGUCCAGCAGCUGUUGGUGGUUAAAGAAGAGGUUCCCCCUGAGCAGCAGGAGUGGAGCUCCAGUGUGGACCAGGAGGACCCAGAGCCUCCACACAUUAAAGAGGAACAGGAGGAACUCUGGAUCAGUCAGGAGGGAGAGCAGCUUCAAGGGCUGGAGGAGGAUGAUAUCAUCAAGUUCACAUUCACUCCUGUCCCUGUGAAGAGUGAAGAUGAUGAAGAGAAACCUCAGUCCUCACAGCUUCAUCAAAGACAAACUCAGCAGAUAAAGACAGAAGUGGAAGAAGAGGACUGUGGAGAAGCAGAACCAGCCAGGAAUUCAGAUUUGGAUACACAUUUACAACCAGAGACUGAUGACAGUGAUGGUUGGACGGAGACCAGAGAACCUCAGUCAGGUUUAAACUCUCUGAAAAAUGAUCAAGUCCCUGUCAGUGAUUUGAUUGUUGAUGAGAAACGAUUUAGGUGCUCUGAGUGUGGGAAAACCUUUGGUCACAGAAGAGAUCUGAAGAGACACAUGAGAACUCAUACAGGAGAGAAACCAUUUAGCUGUUCUGAGUGUGGCAAAAGAUUUGGUCGUAGUGGAGUUCUAAAGGAGCACAUGAUAUCUCAUACAGGAGAGAAACCAUUUAGCUGUUCUGAGUGUGGCAAAAGAUUUGGUCGUCGUAGAGUUCUGAAGCAACACAUGAUAUCUCAUACAGGUGAGAAACCAUCUAGCUGCACUGAGUGUGGGAAAAAUUUUAGUCGUAGUGGAAUUCUGAAGGACCACGAGAGCUCUCAUACAGGAGAGAAACCAUUUAGCUGCUCUGAAUGUGGGAAAAAAAUUUGUCAUACGGGAGGUCUGAAGGUACACAUGAGAUCUCAUACAGGAGAGAAACCAUUUAUCUGCUCUGAGUGUGGGAAAAGAUUUGGUUACAGUGGAGAUCUGAAGAAACACAUGAGAUCUCAUACAGGAGAAAAACCAUUUAGCUGCUCUGAGUGUGGCAAAAGUUUUGGUCGUAGUGGAGUUCUGAAGAAUCACAUGAAAUCUCAUACAGGAGACAAACCAUUUAGCUGCUCUGAAUGUGAAAAAAAAUUUGGUCUAAAGUUAAAUCUGAAGAAACACAUGAGAUCUCAUACAGGAGAGAAACCAUAUGGCUGCUCUGAGUGUGGCAAAAGCUUUGGUCAAAGUGGAGAUUUGAAGAGACACAUGAGAUCUCAUACAGGAGAAAAAACAUUGAGCUGCUCUGAGUGUGGCAAAAGCUUUGGUCAAAGUGGACAUUUGAAGACGCACAUGCGAACGCAUACAGGAGAAAAACCGUUUAGCUGCUCAGUUUGUGGGAAAUCAUUUACACAAAAUGGAAAUUUACAUUCACACAUGAAAAUUCAUGCGGGAGAAACGUGAUUAAGCUGUUCAAUCUGAAAAAAAAAAUCUGUUUGGAAUAAGAUUUUAAAAACACUCAUGACUGACACACACCCAAACAUUUAUGUAUGUAUGUUUUUAAAUGUAUGUAUUUACUUACUUACUCACCAAGAUCAGUCUUGUACAGCCAGGGGGAGUAUUUCCCCUCUGUCAACCAAGCUGGGUCAAAACCUGUUAUCCAGUGGUGACCGGACUUUUACUGCUUGUCACAGGGCAGGAAUUAUACCACGGCCAAACGGCCAGUGCCGUGGAUGCCCCGGAGUGUGGCCGUAAUGCCCCUCCUACCCAUAUGGCCAGUGCAGCAUGCCCUGUUUUAAACUGGCCGUUGUGCCCUUAAAAUAAAGUUUUCUCAUUCAUUAACUUAGCGUUAGCAAGCUUGAUAAAAGACGGCAGAGAGGCGACGUUGUGCAAAUAAGUGAAAGAUUUAUUAAUUUUCUGUAGCAGUAACUAACUAUGCUAAAGUACAAGCUAGUCAGGGCUGCCGACGAUAACAUUAACAUGACAAACAGCAAAGCUACGGCUAACAAGUUAACGUACUGAAACUCCUCAGACAGACAGACACACAGACACACACAUACCGGACAGCCUCUCAGUCCUUAGCCGCUAACGUUAGCUCAUGUACAACACAGGUACCACACAGAAACUUUUACAAAGGGUCAUAAUGUGCUUGUAGUGACUGUCAAAUCACCAGCGAAAGUUGUUUACACUGCGGACAUGGAGAGCAGCUGUUAGUGCCUGCUCUCAUGGGACAAAGAUCCUCUGAGAAGAAAGACGGUUCACUCUGCUCUGCCGCCAGGAACAAACUGGGAGGCAAAAUUCCUCUUUGAGGAAGAGGGUUCACUUUGCUGCAGGGUUCACCAAAAGGUUUUUUUUUUUUUCUUUUAAUAAAUUGAACACACAUUAAAGAACAUACAAGAUCCUGUAGAUAAUUAAUACAUAUAAUACAGUACAAUAAACAUUGUCAAAUUAAAUGAAGGAAGAGGAUUUUUUUUAAAGGCAAAUAAAAUAUUGGGGAUUUAUGUAAAAAUAUACAUAGAGACAUUGGUUUUGGCCUUGGUGCCACACAUUUUGGCCGUGAUGUCCCAAUAAAUUUGUAUUUAUCAAAGGCCAAAAUGGCCUUGCCCUAAAAAUGACUUAUUCUAGGCCUGUUGUCAGGGGCAGGGCAUGCAGCACUUUGGCUCUUUCCUAUACUUGGAUCCAGAGCAGGAGAGCUACUCUGGCUGCUAAAUUCUAAAACUGAUUUGAUCAUGGUUUUCUUUUAAGAAAUCUGCACAAAAUAGCCCAUAAUGAUUAAGUGAAAACAUCUUUUCAGACAUUUUUGUAAAUUUAUAAAAAAAAAAAAAAUGUAAACAUCGCUAAACGAUCUUCAUGACUCAGCCUUCAUUUGGAAUUGUGUGUUAUCAGCUUUACUCUCCCAGUUUGGAGAAGCAGACAAGAGAACUGGCAUGGUUAGGUAGGUUCCAAAAGUCACAUAACAACACAAACUAACUGUCCAAUUGAAGGGCAGCUGAAGACCAGCGACUCAUUGUGUUCUCUGAGGUGAAAUUACUGAUUCUGUCAGUGGAGUCUGGUUGCUUUUAGGAGAGCAUCAUGUAACUGCAUCAGUUUUCAGUUGUAAAGGGCUGUCUGACAGCAUGGUUAGGUGUUGAAAAUACUUUUAAUAUAGUGUCCACUUAAACUGAUGUGGAUAUUGUUUAGGUGACCCUGUUUUUAUGUGGCUAAGAUAGGUUUUGCUGCUGUCCCCGUCCACAGUCACCAGACUCCUUUGAUAGAAACAGCACUUUUUUCUACCUAGCUCCCAUGCCGUUUUUAGUCUCUUUUGGGUCCGCCUGUAUCAUUCUGUGUCCCCUCUUGAAAUUCAGAGGUUUUACGGGUUCACAAAGACAGUACAUGUGGAACUCUUCGUUGGCUGUUUUUUUCCUUAGCAGUAGUAGUAUGAGUCAUGGGGUGGAUAACUGAUCAAGAGCUCCAAUCAGAGCUGAUCUGAUUGAUGGAUGAGAGGAGCAGCUGCUGCAGAGGCGCAAGGAUCCUGUUUGUGGACUUCAGCUUGGCUUUCAACAACAUCGUCCCUGAAAUACUGUGAGGCUGGGGAGCAUCACAUCCAGCUCCCAGUCCAUCAGCAGUGGCGCCCCCCAGGGGUGUGUCCUCUCCCCACUGCUUUUCGACCUGCAUACCAAUGACUGCACCUCAGGGGACCCUUCUAUGAAACUCCUGAAAUUUGCGGCCAUCGGUCUAAUCCGGGACUGUGAUGAGUCUGCAUACAAACAGGAGGUGGUGGUCAGAACCACCUGAAGCUGAACCCGCUCAAGACUGUGGAGAUGACAAUGGACUUCAGGAGAAGCCCCCCAACACUGCCCCGCCUCACCAUCCUCAACAGCACAGUGUCUACUGUGGACACCUUCAGGUUUCUCGGUACCACAAUCUCUCGGGACAUGAAAUGGACCUCCCACAUAGACACUGUCUGGAAAAAGGCCCAGCAGAGGCUGUACUUCCUGUGAAAGCUCAGGAAGCUCAACCUGCCUCAGGAACUGCUGAUCAUGGAUCUGCCACCAAACUGGACAGGAACAGACUGAAACGAACAAUCAACUCAACUCAACUCAAACUUUAUUUAUAAAGCACAUUUAAAACAACCAAGGUUGACCAAAGUGCUGAACAGGUCAAUAGAAAUAAACAAGCAAAUACAAUGAGGCACCCAAUAGUACACCACAAUAAAACCAUAAGAUACAUAAAAUACAAUAAAAUAAAAUAAAAUACAAGAGUUAUAAAAUAAGAUAAAAAUAAGAUAAAAUGUUUGGGUGUCCAGCUCAACCUGAGUUAAAAGCCUGAGAGAAGAAGUGGGUUUUAAGAAAAGACUUAAAAACCUCUAGGGUCUGGGCAGACCUAAUGUGCAGGGACAGGCUAUUCCAGAGCCUUGGGGCAGCCGCCCCAAAGGCUCUGUCACCUCUGGUCUUCAGCCUAGUCCUAGGAGUAGCCAGUAAUAGCUGACUGGCUGAUCUCAAGGCUCUGGAGGGAGCAUGAAAGUGCAGGACUUCAGUUAAAUAAGGGGGUGCCAGCCCAUAUAGGGCUUUAAAAACAAUCAAUAAAAUCUUAAAAUCAAUUCUGAAACGCACUGGAAGCCAGUGGAGCGAGGCCAAGAUUGGUGUGAUGUGUUCGCGUUUACGCUUUCCAUCGAGGAGGCGGGCUGCUGCAUUCUGGACAAGCUGUAGAUGGUGUAGCAGUGACUGGUCAACACCGACAUAAAGCGAGUUACAGUAGUCCAGACGUGAGGUUAUAAAAGCAUGGAUUACCCUCUCUAGAUUCUGGGGGGAGAGAUAGCCCUUUACUUUAGCUAAAACCCUGAGUUGAUAAAAGCUAGUUUGUAUUACUGAUCUAAUUUGUUUAUCGAAUUUAAAAGCACUGUCAAAGGUCACACCGAGAUUUUUAACAGAGGAACUGAUGUUAGGAGUGAAGGGGCCCAGAAAAUCAGCGGAGUAAUCGGAGGAAUUCACAUCCAAACAUAAUGAUCUCGGUUUUAUCCUCAUUGAGAUUUAAAAAGUUAGUGUCCAUCCAGGAUUUGACAUCUUUUAAACAUUCUGGCAGUGGCUGUACAGAAUCCUUGCUAAUGGAUUUAAGGGGCAGAUAGAUCUGUACAUCAUCUGCAAAACAGUGAAAAGGUAUAUUGUGUCUCUUAAAAAUCAACCCUAAUGGCAGCAUGUAGAGCAAGAAGAGGCUGGGACCCAAGAUGGAGCCUUGGGGGACACCGGAGGUGAGAGGAGCCGUAGCUGAGUUGAAUUCCCCUAAAUUAACUGAGAAGCUCCGAUCAGUGAGGUAGGACUGAAACCAUAGAAGGGCAGUACCUGUAAUACCUACCCACUGUUCCAGGCGAGACAGGAGGAUCCUAUGAUCCACCGUAUGCUGCUGACACGUCAAGCAGCACCAGAACAGCAGAGUUACAUGAAUCAACAGUUGACAAAAGAUCGUUAAAAACCCCCAAAAGUGCUGUUUCAAUGCUGUGGUGUGGUUUAAAGCCAGACUGGAACUUUUCAUACAUGUCAUGGGCCACUAGGAAUCAUUGCAGCUGAGUAAAGACCAAUCAGGUGUGGAGAGAGGAUUAUUGGUACUAAUCAUCCCUCCAUCGAGGACCUGUACAGGUCAAGGGUCAGGAAACGGGCAAGAAACAUCAGUGUAGACUCCUCACACCCCAGACACAAUCUGUUUAAACUCCUCCCCUCCGGUAUGCGCUACAGAGCACUGUUCACCAAAACCACCUGUCACAAAGACAGUUUCUUUCCCCAGGCUGUCGCUCUGGUGAGCUUCUUAACACUCACAGAGCGGCAGGUCAAACAAUACUGCAUCCUUGAAUAUUAUAUACAUAUUUGUUUAUAUUUGAUGUAUAGUUGUAUAUUUUUUUAAUAUUGUAUAUUCUGUAUAUUCUACAUCUUGCCUAAAUUUGAGUACUUAUGUCAAUUCUGGUACACUGAGAGCAAGUCUACCAGAGUCAAAUUCUGGCGAAUAAAGCUGAUUCUGAUUCUGAUUUUGUGUCCCUCUGUAUCAUUCUGUGUCCCCUUUCGAAAUUCUGAGUUUUUACGGGUUCCCGAACACAACACAGGCAGAACUCUUCUUGAGUCAAUUAACAUCUCCCAAUGGUUGGAUCAGCUAACACAGCAGAUAACAAUGGAGCAACACUCAGCUCUGAAAAGUUAUACUGAUGGAUUAUGUGUGAAAGGUCUGAUUGUAUUUCCUCAAUGUUACACUUAUGGACUAUCUGUGUAAACUGCCCAUCAAGAUGUUAAAGGUUGGAUUGAACCAUUCUGAUGUUAUACUUAUGGAUUCCCUGUGUAAACUGUUGAUUAAUAUUUAGUGAUCUGAAUUAUGUGUAUAUGUGAACAUGGUCUGUGUGGAUUUUAUAAUUGUCUUUCUUUUCUUCCAUCGUUGUAAUAUGUUACUGAGUUAACUAAUGGAGUAUGGUAUACAAUGGAAAGUGCCUCGAUGAAGCCCUCUGAGGGCUUUUUUCCAUCUCUACAUCAUGUUUCUGUUGCUCAUGUACAACUUUUUUGCAUAUGUGAAAACAAAUAAACUAAACUAAAACACU